UCUCCUAUAUCCCAGCUGCUAUGGAGGUGGUUGUAUUUGUAUUUUUAUAAAUCAUCCGAUAUGUAUACGAUAUGUACCUAAAACGUGUACGAUGGCCAUCUGUUAGCUUACCAGUUUCUAGUGAUACAUUAGUUGACAUAUUUGUGAUUUUCUUUGAAUUUCACCUUUAUAAGUAUUGGUCAAACGGCGCGCCAUAUACGUGAGCUCAACAUUAUGAACGAAACUUGUGAACUUGAAGCUCAUAUCAUCGAUGCAUGCAGUCGACAAGCAUGGCUAAUCUUAUUCGGAAAGCGAUUGGGGUCUUUAUUCUGAUUCCAUUUGCCAUCUACAGUGUUUGCAAGGGAAUUUCGCUUUUGGUGUUAUCUUUAAUUUUCAGAGGAAGGGCAUGGAUGUUCCAGAAAAAGGAGCGAACUGCUCGACCAUCUUGCAUGAACGACCCCAAUCUCGGCACUCACAAAACUGUUCGAGUGAAGGGAUUGAACCUUCAUGUGGUCGUGUCUGGUAAUCCUCAUCAUCCGCUGAUGCUCUUUCUCCAUGGCUUCCCAGAAUGCUGGUAUUCCUGGAGACAUCAGAUCAGAGCAUUCAACAAGGAUUAUUACUGUGUAUCCUUUGAUAUGAGAGGAGUUGGGGAAUCAGAUGCUCCAUUGGGUGUCAAGAAUUAUGGCAUGGCAGAACUUGUUGGGGAUGUGAGCGAGUUGAUCAAAGUGUUGGGCUACACAUCCUGUGUCAUCGUAGGACACGACUGGGGUGGAGCAGUGGCUUGGCAGUUUGUUGCCCGCUACCCAGACCUGGUGGAGAAAUUCAUCAACAUGAACGUACCCCACCCUGGCAGGUUCACUGAAGUGAUGAAGAGUGGGAUAGCUCAACUUCUGAUGUCAUGGUAUAUAAUGUUCUUCCAGUUACCCUAUCUUCCUGAAAUUUUGGUCUCGAUGGGAGACUUUUCCAUGAUCAAAUCAGCGUGUAAGAAGGGCCCCACCACAGACGAGGAUGUAGAAGCCUUCAAGUACUCCAUGAGCAGACCAGGUCGUGCAACGUCAUUCCUGAAUUAUUACAGGGCAGCAGUCAGGUAUCCACUAUCAGCAAGAAUAGAUAAGAUUGAAUGCCCUACACUACUUAUCUGGGGUACAGGGGACUUCGCUCUUCACACUGAUAACUCGUAUGGGACAGAGAAGUACUGCAAUGAUCUCAAGGUGGAGCGUAUAGAAGGGGGUGACCAUUUCAUUCAACAAGAGAGACCCAAUGAAGUCAAUGAGAUCAUGAGAAAGUUUCUCUCAGAACAUUAGAUGUCUUUUAGACUUGAUCCUAAUCUGAUCCACUUCAUUCAAACAUAUUUGAUGACAGGGCAUUCAUUUAUAUAGCUUGUGUGACCUCCUAUUUGUGUACAGGACGUGUUUGAAAUAUAAUUAUUACGACUGAAAUUAACUAAUUGAUUACAAGGUUCUACAAGAAGGCGGUAAUAAAGGGAGAGUCUGAAAUCUUUCGCUUUUACCUUUCAACUGAACAAAAAGUUCUUUUUAUUAACUAUUACCAAGCUAGCAAAAGACCAAAUGAAACAAAGUCAUGAGCAUUUAAAGAAACAACAGUCAUAAACAAAGCUGACUCAAGCAAUCGUUAACAUAUAUCCUACCGGUAUCGACUUUCAUGCUAUCUGUAUUCGCAAUCAUACUAUGAGGGGGGUUUUAUACAAGUCAAAGUACCUGCAAUGCAUGCCUAUUUAUUUACAAAAACAACAAACUGGUUAAGAAUACAAAUGUAUACUGGUCAUCUUGAUACCCUUUCAUUUGAAUGGUCAGUGAAAAAUUCAACUCCUCAGCAAUCCAUCUGAAAUAUUACCAAAUACUCUUUACUCUCCUGUACUCCUCUCUCUUAUUUAUGAGUUUAAAAAAAAUUUCAAAAUUGCUACCAACAGAUUAGACAUUUCUAUCAUCCAGUACUCUCUAGUUGUAUUUUUGUUUUCUUCCUUCAUCUUUAGGAUUAUGCUAUUAUCAUUGUGUUCAUAUAUAGAUUGGUUUCUACUAGUAUUUCAUAAAAUGAAAGAUGCCUCUGUCAUCUAAAUGUGCAAGAUAUAGUUUCAUCUUUAAAACAUGCUGUUAACUCAAUCACUUACACAAAAGUGAUCUUUGCUUCUGUAUAGCAUUCAUAUAUUACGUACAACUAUUGUUACGUCACACAAAGGAUCCAUCUUCAAUAUGUUGAUGUUUUAGUGUUGCCUUACUUGUCUCUUUAUUGUAUUAAAAAAAAUUGAAAAACAAGAGAUGGAGUUUUAUAAGCAGUGUAUAGUGAGUGUAACAAAUAUUGCAUUCAUGUUAUCAUUCCAUAAGCAAAUGUUCACCUAUACAUCAUUAUAGGAAUUGGAGAUGUGAUUUCUAUAAACCUCUCUCCCCUCUCUCUUGUGCUCUCAUCCCUCUGGUUUUCAACUGACCUCUUCUUUCAAUUACUAAAAGAGAAUGCUGAUAUUAUAAUACCCAAGGAUACCUUAAAAACGAUAGGUGCACUGUGUGUAUUGUGGAAUUAGCUGAAAUAAGAAUAAUAAUUUAAGAGUCAAAUAUUGUAGUUGUAUUUACCUCGUUCAUUUUUUGCAAUGAAAAUCAAUAUUGUGGAAUCAGCUAAAAUUUAAAUAUUAAAGUCAAAUAUUGUACAAUUAUAUUUUCUUAGUUCAGUUUCUGCAAUGAAAAUAAAAAUUUUACAAUUAGACAAGAGUCGGGUAUCUUUUAACAAGAAUGUAAGGAGAAAUAUAUGUGCUAUGAUAUUUCAUAA